AUGGUUGCCUUUGGGAAGAAGUUGAAAGACAGACAAAUUGAAGAAUGGCAAGGGUAUGUGGUCUUGAGGGUUCUAAAAUAUUACAUAAACUACAAACUCAUGAAGAAACGAGUCAGGCAGUAUGCCCAACAAAUUCAGCUUGGUACACAAGAUCGGCGACAUGUACUCAAGGAUUUCUCACGAAUGCUUGAUAAUCAGAUUGAGAAGAUCGUCCUUUUCCUGUUGGAGCAACAAGGGCUCUUGGCUAGCCGGAUAGCAAAGCUUGGAGAGCAGCGCGAUGCUCUUCAGGAGGAACCUGAAAUAAACAAAAUAAUUGCAUUACGAGAAGAUUACAGAGCAUUGGGACAAGAUCUAUUAAAGCUUCUCUUUUUUGUAGAGGUCAAUGCCAUUGGUUUGCGUAAGAUAUUGAAGAAGUUUGAUAAACGCUUUGGCUAUAGAUUCACGGAUUACUAUGUCAAAACUCGUGCAAAUCAUCCUUACUCCCAGCUGCAACAAGUGUUCAAGCAUGUGGGACUGGGAGCUGUUGUGGGAGCCUUAUCACGCAAUCUUCAUGAACUUCAGGACCGUCAAGGGAGCUACUUAUCAAUUUAUGAUCAGCCUACCCUUCCCCUCCAGGAUCCGGUCGUUGAUUCAAUAAAUGCAGCCGUUGAUAGGUUAACCAACUCAACAAACUUCCUUAACUUUUUGGGGCAGCAUGCACUCAUUAUGCAAGAAGAACUGCCUAGCCCUACUGAGGAACAUGUUGAUGAUCAACGAUACAAUUUUAUGUCUCUUCUCCUGAACUUGGCAAACACAUUUUUAUAUAUGGUCAAUACAUAUAUUAUUGUCCCUACAGCGGAUGAUUACUCUAUGAGCCUUGGGGCUGCGCCAACAGUUUGUGGUAUUGUGAUCGGGGCAAUGGCUGUUGCGCAAGUGUUUUCAUCAGUGUAUUUUAGUGCAUGGUCAAAUAAGUCAUACUUUAGACCUCUUGUAUUCAGUAGCAUAGUUCUUUUUCUCGGAAAUAUCUUGUAUGCAUUGGCAUAUGAUAUUAGUUCAAUAUGGAUUCUCUUAAUUGGUCGCCUUUUGUGUGGAUUUGGUUCAGCCAGAGCUGUUAACCGGCGUUAUAUCAGUGAUUGUGUGCCAUUAAAAAUCCGCAUGCAAGCAUCAGCAGGUUUUGUUAGUGCUAGUGCUCUUGGAAUGGCUUGUGGUCCUGCAUUAGCUGGCAUACUGCAAACUAAUUUUAAAAUUUACAAGCUUACAUUUAAUCAGAAUACCUUGCCUGGGUGGGUUAUGGCUGUUGCUUGGCUAAUAUAUCUGGUAUGGUUGUGCAUCACUUUUAAGGAACCUUCUCAUGAAGCUGAAGAGGAUCAUACACCACAUCAAUCAAAUGAUGAGGCAAACAAUGCACUUGAAAAAGGCCUAAAUCAACCAUUGCUAAUUAGUUCAGAAGUGAGUAAGGUUGAGGAAGAUGCUGACCAAGAUUGUGAUGAUAGUGAAGAAGCUCCAGAGGAAUCUCGCCAGCCAGUCAAUUCAAUUGUAGCAGCAUAUAGACUCCUUACACCUUCUGUAAAGGUUCAAUUAUUGAUAUAUUUCAUGCUCAAAUAUGUAAUGGAGAUUUUGUUAUCGGAAUCUAGUGUCGUUACAACAUACUACUUCAACUGGUCAACAAGCACGGUUGCCGCUUUUCUUGCUUGCCUUGGUUUGACAGUUCUUCCUGUAAAUAUUGUUGUUGGAAGCUAUAUAAGCAACAUGUUCCAGGACAGGCAAAUUUUGUUGGCAUCAGAAAUUAUGGUUCUCAUAGGUGUUGUACUGAGUUUCCAAGUUAUCUUCCCAUAUUCUGAGCCGCAAUACAUCUGUUCGGGUCUCCUUUUAUUUGUUUCUGCAGAAGUACUUGAAGGUGUCAACUUGUCACUGCUUUCGCGAGUAAUGUCGUCAAGGCUUUCACGUGGAACAUAUAAUGGUGGACUUUUGUCUACAGAGGCUGGGACACUUGCUAGGGUGGUUGCUGAUGCAACUAUUACCCUGGCUGGGUACGUGCGUCAGAGUAUGCUCCUUAACGUUGCUAUUGAUAUGAAAAAUGGAGAAUGCUCUUCAGCAAAGCCUCAGUCUCCUCACGAAUUGGCCCUGCAUUCUUUCCUACAUUCAAUAUUUUUUAUCAAUAAAGUCUUCAGCGGCUCCAUAAAGUUGGAAAAGUAG